AUGGAAUCUGCUUUCAUGCAGUGUUUCCCCAGUGAGUUCAUCUGCUCCAUCUGCAAGGACAAUUUCACAGACCCUGUCACCAUUAGCUGUGGGCACAGAUUUUGUACUCCUUGCCUCUGUCUCUUGUGGGAAGAUGUCCAAACAGCUCCUUGCUGUCCUGUGUGCAAGGCAGUAUCUCCGAAAAUGGACUUCAAAAGCACUAUUUUUGCUAAGGAACAUGUUCUUCCUACCAGAGGAUCAGUUGUCUGCCAGUUACCUAGCUCUGCCAAGCAGAUGUGUAGGAUACACCAAGUGAUAAAGCUCUACUUCUGUCAAACUGACAAGAGCCUGCUGUGUUUGUUCUGCUCUCAUUCCCCAGAGCAUGCCACGCAUGAACACUAUCCAGUAAAGCAGGUUGCAGAGCACUACAGGGAGAACCUUCUGAUGCAAAUGAAAUCUAUUUGGAAAAAGAAAAAAGAAAAUCAGAGAAAUAUAAAAAAAGUGACCAACAUAUUCAGAGUAUGGGAGGGUUUUGUGAAUCUACGGAUGGUGAUGAUAGGAGCUGAAUACCCUAAGGUAUAUCAAUAUCUCCAGGAAGAAAAGCAAAAACAUUUAGAGAUGUUGGCAAUUGAAGGCAAGAUUGUUUUUCAGCGACUCAGGAGAAAUGUAGCCAGAAUGGUUCAUAUGGGGAAACUCCUGAGAAGAAUAUAUGAGGAGCUGAAGGAACUGUGCCUUAAAGCAGACGUGGACAUGCUCCAGGAUGUGGGAGACACAAUGAAAAGGAGUCAGUUAAUGCAGCUGUACAUUCCUCAGCCUAUGGACCCACAGCUCAGUACAUGGGCCAUCACUGGGAUGUUGGAAAGGCUUAACAGCUUCCGAGUGUAUGUUACGUUGGAUCAUAAAAUAAGAAAUUGUCAUGUGGCUCUGACUGAAGACCUGAGACGUUUGCAGUGCAGUCCUGACCAUCAAGACGUGCCCCGUAAUCCAGCAAGUUCAGAGAAUACUCCUUCAUGGGGUGCUCAGACCUUCACCACUGGCAAACAUUACUGGGAGGUGAAUGUGGGAAACUCUCGCACCUGGAUUAUAGGACUUUGCAAUGAAUCCUGGACAAUUAGGAAUGAUAUGCUACUUAACUCUGAGGAUAUUUUUCUACUUCUGUGUGUCAGCGUGGAGGACCAUUUCAGUCUCUUUUCAACAUGCCCACUCUUACCCCACUAUAUCCAAAGACCCCAGGGCUGGAUAGGGGUGUUUCUAGAUUAUGAAUGUGGUAUAAUAAGCUUUAUUAAUGUUGCCAGAAGUUCCCUCAUUUGUAAUUUCCUCUCACGCUCUUUCUCUUUCCCUCUCAGACCUUUCAUUUGGUGUGGACCCAAAUGA